AUGAACUUGAAAUCGAGCGAUAUUGAACAGCUCCUUACCGUCUGCCCCAAGAGUCUUGAUCCCUGGACUCUGGAACCACUGCUCUCUGUUGCUUUUUUUGACCCACUGGUUAACCAGGAGGAACUUCCUCUUUCCAAGGCGCAGCCACCCAUUUCAUUUCCCGAUCCCUCUCUCCCUCUUGCUCAUUUCGAGGCUGAGGUACCUCGUGAUUUUGACAGUGGCGAGGUCGUCGACGAUUACAUAGUCUGCUCUUGCUCUGGCAAUCUGUUCGCUUCAGACGCAAGUUCAAACUCAAAUCUAUCAGCUCAGGGAUCGUCAAAGGCGGACCCAUUUCUAGCGGACAUUUGUAAACUACUUUCGCCAUACGGCAGUAGUGAUGGCGAAAGUCUUCUGAAAGAGCACUUUGUCAAUGUUCCCACAGCUUCGGCAAACGGUUUGGUUGAUAGUUAUCUCUCACUCUGCUCUGAGGAAUUUCUCUCGCUUUGUGCUCAAUCCAGACAGGAAUCGGCAAGUUGCGCAGGUGACCUUAAGUCAGAGAGCAAAGGAAAAGAGGACAAGGAAGAAAAGAAGGAUACGGCUCAUCUUGAAACUCCAACAAAGUUGGAGGAGCGAUUGCACCAGUUCAGCAAUGAGUUAACUUCGCAUGCAGUGCUAGAGAGUAACAUCGAAGUGUUGGGGCCUUUGGCGGAGCUGAUUCCCGACCCGGCUUUUGAGUGGCCAUUUGAGCUGGACACCUUCCAGAAGCAGGCAAUCCUCUGCCUGGAGCGGAACCAAUCGGUCCUCGUGGCGGCACACACUUCGGCAGGUAAAACGGUGGUUGCAGAAUAUGCAUGUGCCAUGUGUAAACGCCGCGGCUCCCGGGCCAUAUACACCAGCCCCAUCAAGGCUCUCUCAAACCAAAAAUUUCGUGACUUCAGGCAGACUUUCGGGGAAGACGUGGGCCUGCUAACAGGUGACAUCAAGGUGGCCACGAAGUCAAGUGUCCUCGUAAUGACCACGGAGAUUCUACACAAUAUGCUCUGCAACUCGGCUGAUACCAUCCGCGACCUCGAGAUUGUCAUCAUGGAUGAGGUAGUUCUCUCUCUCCCUGUACACUACAUGAACGACAAGGAUAGAGGCCAUGUGUGGGAGCAAUUGAUGAUUCUACUACCACAACAUGUGUUGCUGGUGUUGUUGAGCGCCACAUUGCCCAACGCCCUCGAGUUUGCUGACUGGUUGGGCCGCAUCCGUGGCGGUACCACUAUUCAUGUCUGUCAGACGCACCGGCGUCCCGUUCCCCUCGAACACCACGUCUACACCGGCUGCGACUCCGUUACCCGUGAGAAUGUCUACCUUGUAGUUGACAAAGAGGGUCGGUUCAAUCGCGAAGGUGAUGCAUCUCCCUCCUUCUACAUCUUUCCCACUUCUCCACAUUGUUACCAGGAUGCUAAGAACUCGCUGAUUAAACCCAAAAAGGUGAACAAGCAGGGCAACAUUUCCAAGACUGCGGUAUUUGUUGAUGCUGCUGAUUCCAAUGAAAUCGUUCACAAAGUGGCUAAGCAGAAGCCCAAGUCUCAGUUUACUGGGGGUAAGGUCAACACCCCAGCAGCCGCGGAGGGUUACAAUCGUAGUGGCAAGUCUGACAUAACGGUUUGGUCCGGAUUGAUUCGCAUGCUGCAGGAGCAUGAGCUCAUGCCCGUCAUUGUUUUCUGCUUCUCGCGUGCUAAAAUCAACAACCUCGUGCAGUGUCUCGACUCUAUUGAUCUCCUCAACAAGUGUAGGUCUUCAUCCUUUCUUUUCUUUAGUUGGCCUUGUUACAAAAUUAGUCGCACUAAUAAACGGUUAAAAGCAGUCAUGUCCAGGAAUCAAAUGUAUAGGAAUAAUAGAGGAUAUUCUCUACUCUUCAUAAAUUUAAAACCUUCGGAGAAGAACAAGGUAGUGACGUUCCUACGCGCCGCCAUAGGGCCUCGACUGAAGGGCUCUGACAAGCUACUUUCUCAAGUUAUUCUUGUUCGCAGUCUUACGCUCCGCGGCAUUGCCAUCCAUCACGCUGGCAUGCUGCCUCUCCUCAAGGAGGUCGUCGAGAUGCUCUUUCAACAGGGUUUGGUGCGAAUUCUCUUCGCCACAGAGACCUUUGCUAUGGGUGUCAAUAUGCCUGCUCGCUGCGUUGUCUUUACGGCUAUUCAAAAACACGAUGGCGACCAGCGCAGACCUCUAACUGCAGGCGAGUACACCCAGAUGGCGGGACGAGCAGGUAGACGAGGCUUAGAUUCUACUGGAACAGUGAUCAUAAUGGCGAACAACUGUGACAGCCCUAUGCCCACUGACCUGCAGCUGCAGCAGAUGCUCCUCGGUCAGGCCACUAAAUUGACGUCCCGCUUCAAAGUCACCUACUCCAUGAUUCUCUAUCUUCACCGUGGCAAUCUUCAGACACCUCAGGAACUCAUUCACCAGAGCUUUAUGUACGCGAAUGAUCUGCGCUAUGAGUUGGUACGAAAGCGGCAACUGAGUUGGUUGCGGCAGUUGGUAAACGCGUCAACGGUACGGAAAGCAUCGGCUCAGAUCACUAUCAGUAAGGUAGCGCCUGUUGCUAUCUCGAAUCAAGUCGAUGACGACGCGAUCCUUGAUUGCGCAGCGGUACGCUGUCCUACUCACCCUCUCGACUCCCAGGACUCGGCUAUGAUGCCCUGUAUCGAAGCGAUUGCCGGUUAUUACCUUUCGUGCUGUCGUUGGCGUGAGCUCUCAUUUGUGUGUUCGAGUGCUGUGGGGAACCAGCCGCUGUCGACACUUAGCAAAGUCUUCCCUCCCGGUCGCCUGGUGCUGCUUCAACUUUCCGCUGAGUCGAUGCGUUCAGCUGCGCAGAGCAUGUCUGGUGGACGUUUUGCUACCCAUAUUGGCUCUACAUGCGUACCCAAUUGGAUCACUGUGGGCGUUGUUCUUGAGAUUACAAGAGUUACCAAUGUAUUAACGCUCACAGUAAUCACCUGGGAACUGCCACCUUCGCCAGUGGAGGAUUGUACAACAACAAUUGGAGGGUCUGCAGAGGAGGAGGACAUUCUUGUAGAUGGGGAAAAACCACAGUACGGAUGUACACCCUUUCCACCACAUUUGAUGCCAAAGUACUGCCCUAAAUCACAAGAAGAAAGUAAAUCUCGUCUAGUUGUGCUAACUGAGGUACCGUUGACGGCAUUACUGGGUGUCAGUUGCAGCACUAUAGAAGGCGCUAGCGACAAAACCUUUGUAGAGACCGUGUUGCGCGACCUCACUCGGUUCCGUCAGCAACAGAUGGCCUCUUCUGAGGGUCUUUUCGUAGUUGCGCGCAAGAAGCGCGACGAUACUGACGACACAGGCGCUCUUGGUGUGCGGCGACAACAGAUCUCUCCUCUUUCUAUCGCCAACGAGGCUCUCUUUGUUGCCGCUACCGCCAUGGCCACCUCCGUAGAUGAUAUUGGAGGCUUUGAGAACAUCCCAUUCUGGCAGCACCUCGGCUUAGAUGGCUCUGAGGCGGAAGAGUGGAUGGCGCUAACAGAGGAGCUAACCGCUGCCCCCGUCAAGCAUCACCUCUCGUCCCAAGUAUCCACCUGUCCAAAUCUCGUUGCCCAUCUGAGUCUCAUGCAUCGGGUCACACGGCGCCGCUGGGCUAUUAAACGUCUCAAUGCAAAGCUAAGCAGGAGCCAAGAUGCUAUUCUCCAUGAUUACGAGGCUCGAGUCCGUGUCCUUGAAGAACUCGGCUUUCUCGACAAGGAUACUCGAUCUGGAUGUCUCACUCGCAAGGGUAUAGUGGCCUGUGAAUUGCAGCAGAUGGAGGUGUUGCUGUCUGAGGUCCUUUUUGAUGGCUCUAUAAUUCAGCUCUCGCCUCCAGACAUUGCUGCUCUCCUCUCAUGCUUCGUUUGUGAAUCUGGAAUGGUUGGUGGUGGCAGUAGCUGUGGUGGCUUUGGGACAAUGGUGUUGAAAAAUGAGUCUAUUGCGCCUCAUGUGGCCCUUGCUCCCCGUAAGGAGGUAGAGAACACAGGUACUACCUUCACCUGUGACCCAUGUGAUCUCUCUCUCCUGCCCAUUACCGUGCCUGAACACCUUCAAUCAACAGUUCGUCUCAUGCUCGCCAAGGCUGAACAGUUGCAGCGACUGCAACUAGAGUGCGGUGUACAUGAUGCAGACGCGGACACGAGACUGAACCCGGUACUGGUGGGCGCAACAUUCGCGUGGGCUUCCGGGCAACCCUUCUCGGCAGUGAUGGGACUGAUAAAUACGAGUGGGGUUGAUGUGCCUGAAGGUCACGUACUGCGCGCGCUACAACGCCUUGACGAGCUUCUGCGCCACGUCUGCUCAGCAUGCCGCGGCCUAGGCGACCAAACUCUGGCUGGGCGCAUUGAUGCAGCUCACCUCGCUGUGCAUCGCGACAUGGUCUGUGCACCUUCCCUCUACGUUGCUAACGAAAUCUCCCCCACUGAUUACGAUACCUCUCUACAGGAAAUAGAACAGCACCAGGCGUAA